UGUGUGUCGUAACACACACACACACGUGCGCGCGCACACACAGCGAAAACGCGUACACACGCGCACAUUUAUAAAUACAUACAUGGACACGUUCAUAUAUAUAAGAAUAUAAUAUCUAAAACAAAAGUGAAAUGAUGCUUUGAAAGUUAAAAAAUGUCCAAAUUCUAAGUUUCAUGGUUAUGUCAAAUUAACGUACGUGAAAUCCGAAAGAAAAAGGAUUGACUACAUCGAUAUCGGUCAUACGAUAUGAGCCAGUGGAGGAAACGGCGCAUUGACGUGUUCAAUGAAAUGGAAAUACAAGGAGGAUGGACAAGGUCGCGAUCAACGAAAAGGAGAACGUUGGGAAACGUGCCAAAGUCGUUAGGCAUUGCGGAUGUUCGUCAUCCUCGUCUUCAUCUUCGUCAUCUUACAACAACAACAACAAACCCGCAAACAUCGAAUCCAUUCCCGUUGAACUCAUUCUACAAAUUCUAUCAUACCUAUCCCAGAAAGACCUUUCCAAUAUGGGUCGCGUGUCUAAGUACUUCGAAGGUAUCAUGCAAGAUCCCGUGGUUUGGCGCACGUACGAGGUGACGAACUGUAACGAGAACACGUCCAAAAUAAUUGGGAAGCUAAGAAACAUGCCGUUCCUAAAGGAAUUAACGAUCAAUCACAGAAAGGACAGCGACAAGAUUCUAAAACAGAUUUCGCUGACGAAUAAAAAUCUUGAGAAGCUUUAUGUCUACAAUUGUACAGGUUCGACUUCAAAGUUCUAUCUCCGUUCGCAUUAUCUGACACGCAUAUUAGAGAAAUGUCGACGACUGAACACCAUCGAGAUUCUUGGUAGUCCUUUCCGCGGGAGAAAAUUUUACAAAUUACUCGGAGACGUUGGCUUAAGGCUAAAAUGCGCGUCUUUACCAACAAGGCAUUCGCAAUUUAUUACUUUCAUCCAAAAUGCUCAACAAAUUUACGACAAUCGUUUGAAUUCUUACAUUAAUAUGUGCUUUCUUCCGUGGAAUAAACAUGCUCAAUUACACUACUCGAUUAACCGAAAAGCGGCUUUUCGAACGAUAAGGAUACGUUACUCUUCCAAAUAUGCAAUUUCGAUUGAUAUUACAGAGGAUGGGAAAAGGAAUGUGCAUCUUAUAUCUAUGAUCAAUAAGGCUACUGGUUGAGAAAUGUAUAAUUAAAUAUUAAAAAGAAAAAAAAGAAGGAAAAAUAGAAUAGAAAAAGAAAUGAAAGGUAAGAAAAAUAAAAAUUUAAAGGAUCUCGGAUGAUAAUAAAUUUCAAUUGACAAGGAUUUUAGAAACAUAAGAAAAAGAAAAAAAAAAGAAAGAAGAACAUAGUAAAGAUUGA